AUGGACUUUGAACGUAGGGACCGUCUUGGCCGCCAACCUCCCAAUGAAUGGAAUCUUGAGCAAGGGUUGGAUCCGGCCCGCUUAGGUCUACGGAACCAGAGCAAUCUCAAGAUUCAUACAGAAACACAGCUUCCUACUGUGACAAACUCGGCAGAACUUCGUACAGACGCGGAUUAUGAUGACCCGACUUUUGUCGUCCAAGAAGAGAGAAAAGGGUGGAAAGGCUAUGUGGAGUGGGAGGAUUACCCCGAGAAGAAGGCGAGAGCUCGCAAGCGAUUCUCCCGGUACAAGUUUCCACCACCUCCGGAAUUCCAGCUUGCGCCAAUUCCAGCAACCAAUCCCAUCCUCGAGGGUGUUCGUUGGAAGCUCUGGCACAAGGCAAUUGGCGGAGCGCUCACCGAUGUGCCUGAAGAUAGCUGGAAGACAGUGCUCGAGGAAAAACAUCCGGGCAUGCUCCAUCUCCUUCAGUUUCCCUACAAUGGCGAGCCCCCAAAGGGCCUUCUCACUAAAGAAGCCGUCACACCCAACGAAAUCCAUUUUGUGCGCAACCACGGGGGAAUUCCAGAUAUUAACCCAGCGGAAUUUGACCUUCGCCUCGACGGAUUGGUUAACAGCCCCAAGGUCCUUACCUUAGACGAUCUCAAGAACGAAGCUCUGUUUCCACGAACCUCAAUGCUCGUAACUAUCCAGUGUAGCGGAACCAGACGUCUUGAGCAAAUCGGCGAAUAUGCUGGUGAAGGCGACGAAAUGAUCAAUGCUCCAUGGGCCGAGGGAGCAAUCGGCACAGCAAAAUGGACUGGUGUUAGCCUCAAGAAAGUCAUCAAACAUUGCGGGGGUUUGAAAGAAGGGGCAAAGCACCUUGAAUUCUACGGAGCAGAAACAUAUUUCAAGGGCGGGGACUGCAUGAACUAUGUCGUCUCCGUCCCAUGGACAAAGGCGAAAGCGAACGAGGUACUUCUUGCAUGGGAGAUGAACGGUAAGCCACUGCCCAAGAUUCACGGAUUCCCCUUGAGGGCAGUGGUUAUGGGUUACAUUGGAGCUAGAAGCGUCAAGUGGCUCUACCGCAUCAAAGCCAUCGAACACCCCAGUCGCGCCCCGGUUCAGAGCAGAGAAUAUCUGUACUUCCAGCAGCAGUAUGGAAAGCACAAUCAACUACCUACUUUGGGGAUUCAAAUCCAAGAAAUGCCGGUCAGCAGCGCUAUCAUGAGUCCGUGGCACAAGGAAGUCGUUGUCCACAAUGGCCAUAUUGAAGUCACUGGUUGGGCCUACUCUGGUGGCGGCCGCUGGCCAGAGCGGGUUGAGCUUUCUUCGGAUGGUGGCUGGGCUUGGUAUGCUGUGCCUAUUGAGAAUAUGUCACCAAAGCACAAGUGGGCCUGGAGGACUUGGACCGCUUCCGUUCCAUGUGAUCAUGAAGGGUGGACAGAACUCGUCGUACGCUGCUGGGACAACAGUCUCAACACGCAGCCGAUGGAAGUUCGCCACAGCUGGAACUGGGGACUGCACGUCACAAGCAGCUGCCACCGAGUCAAGAUUUACAGCGUAAAUGCAAGUCGACCCGAAACAAAGAAGAGACUGGAACAAUUCGAACAACAUGGCGAACCCUUUUUGCCAAUAACACGGCCGACAGAGUUCAAAUACAUGACUCUCGCAGAGUAUGAAAAGGCAUGGGCUACGAUGGAACCCAGAGAUGUAGACAAUUGA